GUGAACAGCAGUACCGGGGGCGGAAGUGCUCUCGGCGGAAGUGAUCCUAGCGUGAAUCGUGGGUGGGAUGCCCAGCGGCAGGCUCUAUCUAAGGCUCCUGCGAGCAUCCUCCAAGUCCAUGAGUCAGAGCCCACUCGAGGGUGUGCCCCCCUCCAGGGGUCUACACGCGGGGCGCGGGCCCCGAAGGCUCUCCAUCGAAGGCAACAUUGCUGUGGGAAAAUCCACCUUUGUGAAGUUACUCACGAAAACUUACCCAGAGUGGCACGUAGCUACAGAACCUGUAGCAACAUGGCAGAAUGUCCAGGCUGCUGGCACCCAAAAAACCUGCACUAACCCCAGUCUCGGAAACUUGCUGGAUAUGAUGUACCAGCAGCCAGCACGAUGGUCCUACACAUUCCAGACAUUUUCUUUUAUGAGCCGCCUGAAAGUACAGUUGGAGCCCUUCCCUGAGAAACUCUUAGAGGCCAAGAAGGCAGUGCAGAUCUUUGAGAGAUCUGUAUACAGCGACAGGUAUAUCUUUGCAAAGACUCUUUUUGAAAAUGGUUCCCUCAGUGACAUCGAAUGGCAUAUCUAUCAGGACUGGCAUUAUUUUCUCCUGCAGGAGUUUGCCAGCCGGCUCAGAUUACAUGGCUUCAUCUACCUCCAGGCUGCUCCCCAGGUUUGUUUGGAGAGACUACACCUGAGGGCCCGGGAGGAGGAGAAAGGAAUUGAGCUGGCGUAUCUUGAGCAGCUCCAUGGUCAACACGAAGCCUGGCUUGUCCACAAAACCACCCCGCUCCACUCUGAGGCUCUGCUGAACAUUCCUGUGCUGGUGUUGGAUGUCAAUGAUGAUUUUUCUGAAGAAGUAACCAAACAAGAAGAGCUCAUGAAGAGGGUGGGGCAGACCUUAACUCCUGCUUUCUAGUAGUUUUCCAGCUUUGCACUUUUAUCGCUUCAAACUUCAGUAUGGGUCCUGUGCAUUGCACCUCAAGUUGCAUUUCACACUCCAAAGCCUGUGGGGCCUUGUAUAAGUUACUAAUAUAAUCCCUACUCUCUAAAAUAUUUGGGGCUAAUAAUUUUUAAUACUUGACUUGUAAUAUGUGCUUUCCAGCUGACUUCCUCCUCUAAGGUAUUCUAGAACUGAACUAGAGUAAUGAGACUUCUGGAUUCUGUCCAGCUCUGCUACUUGAUACUGUAGGCCCCUGGGCAGGUCACAUUUCCUUUCCAUACCUAUUUUUCCUUUCUCACAAAAACUCAUGGGCUUGGCUACAUACGCAUUAUGGAUGGACUAUUGUAUAGUCUCCUGAAAAUGUGAAAUUUAACUUUUAGUUUUUCUCUU